CUUCGAUGCCAUAACCACCGUCUCAUCGAGGAGGUGGGUCGUCGGUUGUCUCGCUUAAAAGUUGAACCAUUUUUUCCCGCGCAAAAACCAUAAGUAAAUAAAUGGUGAAGUGGGAGAAAAGAAAUUCAUCUCUAUAUGAACUUUAACAUUUUUAGUGUGUUGGUUUAUUAUUAUAUAGUCACGUGGGUGAUAUUAUGGCUCUCAUCAGGUGUUGCUUUGAGACUGAUGCAAAGGAAGUUUUUGAAACUGUUGUCAAAAAGUGCACUGACCCUGGAUGUUGCUGUUGGUGUUGUUCAGCACUUCGUCCAAGAUACAAAAGGCUCGUUGAUAAUAUUUUUCCUGUAAAUCCUCAGGAUGGCUUGGUCAAAAAUAAUAUGGAAAAGUUGACAUUUUAUUCGCUCAGUAGUCCUGAAAAAUUGGAUCGAAUAGGCGAAUAUUUAUUUCAACGAGCAUCAAGGGAUAUUUAUAGACGACGAAAUGGAUUCGUCAUUAUUGCAAUGGAGGCAAUGGAUCAACUAUUGGUGGCGUGUCAUGCACAAACAUUAAAUUUAUUUGUCGAGAGUUUUUUAAAAAUGGUUCAAAAACUAUUGGAAUCAACGGAUCCACAAUUACAAAUUUUAGCUACACAAUCAUUUGUUAAAUUUGCCAACAUCGAAGACGACACGCCGUCUUAUCACACACGUUACGAUUUCUUUGUAUCAAAAUUCUCUGCGAUGUGCCACUCCAAUCAUGACGAUACCACAAUACGUAAACAGAUACGACUUGCGGGAAUUCAGGGCUUGCAGGGUGUUGUGAGAAAAACACUAUCCGAUGAUCUUGUUGAGAAUAUUUGGGAACCCGUUCAUAUGGAUAAAAUUGUUCCAUCAUUACUCUAUAACAUGCAAAACUCAAGAUAUUUUGAUAAACUGGACGGUACACCAGAGAGUCCAACAGAAGAAAGAUCUGAUCCACCUCAAUUUGCAGAGACUUGCAUGAGAGAAUUGGUUGGUCGCGCUUCAUUUGGACACAUUCGCUGUGUCAUUAAACCCGUUCUCAGACAUUUGGAUCAUCAUCAAUUGUGGGUACCAAAUUUUUUUGCGGUUCACACUUUCCGAAUUAUAAUGUUCUCCAUUCAGUCGCAAUAUUCGUACACCGUUGUGGAGGCCCUAAUGACACAUCUCGACGAUCAUUCACAAUCAACUCCAAAAAUACGAACAAGCAUUGCUGAUACAUUAUCGAAAAUUAUUUCAAUUGCCGCUGGUGAAAGUGUUGGACCAUCAGUAUUGGAAAUAAUUAGUUCUCUACUCUCACAUUUACGUGUGAGUGUGACACGAAAUCAAGUUUCAUCAAGUGACGAACAACAAUAUCAAGAGGCAUUGAUAAAUGCACUUGGUGAAUUUGCAAAUCAUUUGCCAGAUUAUCAGAAAAUUGAAAUAAUGAUGUUCAUCAUGAGUAAAGUCUCGUACAGUCAAUCUGAUCGUAUUAAUUCCCUUGGCAAGGGCGAUGUUCUUUUACAAAGUAUUCUUUUGAAAUCAUUAUUAAAAGUAGGCACCAAAUAUCAGACAAUACAUCUUAAUACAACAUUUCCGCCAAGUUUUUUGCAACCACUACUCAGAAUGUCAUUGGCUGCCGACGCUGAAAUGCGUCUUCUUGUUCAACAAAUUUUCCAUACUCUCAUCGAUCGACAUCGCAAUAGUGCCAAAUUUACAAAACCCACAAUUAACAUCGUCGAAUUGGAUCUAAUGAUAGAGAAAUGUUCACGUCCCGAUGUGAUAUUCAUCAGGAAACAUGGUCCUGAAAUUUAUAUGGCACUUUACGAGUCACUUGAAAUGACAAAUAAUUCAGUGGAAAAUGUUGAAUCAAUUUACACGACAAUGGCAUUAUUGGCCGUGGAAUUAGCCUCAGAGGAAACAAUACUCGAACUUUUGAGACUUGUCCUCAGUCUUCAAGAUCUUGCACUAACAAGUGGACAAAUUACAAUUACAUUGAAAUUCAAUCUUCACGCAAUUGUCAUUUCUCUUCUUGUUUUAAUUGCCUACGUUUGUAAUAUUUCAUCACUCAUGGACUAUGCGUCAAAAGUUGUCGAAGAAAGAAUGAAAGAGGCGAUGCAUUUACUGCCGGAUUUACAUUCUCAGUAUGAUAACAAUUUACCAUCACGAAUUCCACCAGCUUUGCUUGUCGAUCAAACAGUUGUGAGCGAAUGUCUCAAAGGUUUGGGUCUUGAAACCGGAAAACUUCAUCAGGGUUCCGGAUAUAGUGGAAGUUCCAUGCAACAUAGACAUUCCUGGGUCGAUACAGCGGGGAGAAAUUCAUUGUCCGACAUCAAUAGCGGCACAAACGAAGUCGACAGCGGAGGCUCUUCUCCUGGUGUCCAAAAGAAAUUACCAGGGGAGGAAUUAACAUUUGAAAAUAUGAAACGAAUAUUAACAGAAAAUAACAAUAAUCAAAUUGUUGAGGAAGAAAAACGAGUACAAAUUUCGCAAUUAUUUCAAAACGCACCAUUUGAAGAUCUAGUCAAUAAAACACAACCAAAGCACGAUGCCUUGCAGAACAAACUUUCCGAAAUAUUUAAUGCUUUAACAAUUGAGCCGAAAAAUAACGCAACACAAGGAACAACACCAUCUGAUUCCAAACCAUCGCAACCACCUGCGUAUGAAAUGCAUUUUCCAGAAUUAUUUGUCUAUUAAAAUUAUUAUUUAUAUUAUACGCAUAUAAUUAAUAUUAUUUAUUUCGAGAAUUUUUAUUUCGUCACAAAAAAGGGGCGAAUUGACGAAGAUCAAAAAAUGUAUAUUUUUUUUUUAUUAUUUUGAUUAUGUCAAAUAAACGCAAAUUAUAUAUAUAAAUAUGUAAAAUAAAUUGCCAUAUACAUGACAAAAGUAUUUAUGUAAAUAUAAUUUUCAUUUCUAGUUUAAUAAUGUAAAAUGUAUACAUUCGUUCAAUUAAAUUAUGUAUUGUGUAUAUUGUAAUAAGGGAUGAAGAAAAUUGUUUUAAAAAAAUACUGUUAUAUAAAAAAAAGAAAAAAGUGUUGCGUAGCAAAAAAAAUGUAUAUUGUUCUGUUUAAAGGUGUUGUUUAAUUCUAAGAAAGUUAUAUUAUAUAUAUAUAUAUAAAUAUGCGAGAAUAUAAUAAUAUUUAUCACGAAUUUGUGAUAAAUAUUUAUUAUUUAUUCACUACAUUACAUUAAAAUGUUCCGAACGUCGAAAAUUUCUUUUUAAUAAAUGGGUAUUUUUCUUAAA